AUGCAGCCAUGUUGUUCAUCACAAAUCGACCGAGAAUUGGUUGAGAACGAAGGGAUUUUGGACGAAAAUGGCCAUUUCAAUGGAUUUGUAAGUGAAUAUUUAUAUAUUUUUUGAUGUUUAGGGUGGUUACAUGCGAGCAAAAGUCGCCAAGUUGAAGCAUCAGGUUCAUAACAAUGUUGUCUUGAAGUCUGAAUUGUUUAAGGGCUUGUCAAUCUACGUAAAUGGAUAUACUGGUAAGGAUUAUGUUAUCCAUGGCAUCUUUCCUUGAAUCAAAAUUACAGGUUUGGUUUCUGCAAAUCUAUAAUUACUAGAUAAUAUAAAGCAAGUAAAGACAAAUAAUACUGGUUUUGUUAUUUUAGAUCCACCAGCAUUUGAGCUACGCAAAAUAUUCACUGAGAACGGUGGCGAAUACCAUCAUUACUAUAAUCAUGGCUUCACUUCGUACACAAUAGCUUCGUCUUUAGCUUCUUUAAAGUUCAAAAACUUGCGGAAAGGCGAAUAUUUGCUAAAACCUGCAUGGGUUACAGAUUCGUGAGUUUUUUUUCUUUUUUUAAUGUUUAGAGCUGAUACUCAUCUUUGCUUAGUACAACAACAUACUAAAAAAUGUAAAAUACGUGUCUUCGGACAUUCGUUUUUAAAGCCUUUUGAUUAAAGAGAUUAAGCUAUUGAUAACUUCAGAAUCCUAUUCCACACAGUUCUACCAAUAGAAUCGUACAUUUUGAAGCCUUCGGCAGCUCCGUCAGCUCAACUGAAAGGUGGCGUGGACGAGUUUUAUCAACGUUCCCGUCUUCACUUGAUCUCAACCUUAGCUCAGGAUCUUAAAAUCUUUGUAGCUGAACUUAGAGCUAAAGAAAAUCCGGAAUUUCCGUCUAGAAGCAAGUUGGAGGGACUGGGUGAUGAAGAUGGGUAAGAUCAUAUAAUUUUGUUUUUAUGAAAUUUGUGUUGAUAUAUAUACACAUAUGAUCUGCGUAUUCUUAAUAGCUUUAGAGUUUUUUAAAUUGAAGGUUUUAGAUUCAAAUUGGACGAAAACGUGAUUUGUCAUAUUGAUAUGGAUUGCUUCUUUGUCUCUGUAGCUCUAAAAAGCCGUCCUGCACUAAAAAGGAAACCUAUUGCUAUUACACAUUCCAGAGUGAGUUUUAGCUUAUAAUAUGGCUGUAGUUUUGUAAAAAAAGGUUUUAAAAUUAUGUUCUACCAAUUUAACCGUUUAGCAUAGUUUUUGCACCAUGCAGAUUAAAAAAAACUUUUUAUGCAUAAAUUUUAAAAUCUUUUUGAAUAUAUUACAACAUAAUAUGACUGCCUUCAGGACGCGAAUGGCAAAGGUUAUGCAGAGAUUGCAUCGUGCAGUUACGAAGCCCGUAAAUUCAAUGUGAAGGCUAGUAUGUGGAUGAAUGAAGCUGUAAAACUGUGCCCAAACUUGAUAUGUUUGCCAUAUGAGUUUGACAAGUACAAAGAAACGUCAAAGAUUCUAUAUAGUAUUAUUUCAAAGUGAGCUUUUUAGUUUUUCAACUCUAAUUUUUUAGGGUUGCUUCAGUUUGUCUAGUUGGUCUACUAUAAUAUAAAUUUUUGGUCUAGUAAUAGGUUAGACUGAGGUUGCUUUUACUUUUUUGAGUUUAUAUAAUAUUUUAGGUAAUACUUUUUUUGAGUUUACAUUUUUUAGGUAAUAAUUUGAUUUUUAGGUACACCUUGGACAUCAGAGCAGUGUCAUGUGAUGAGUUAUACAUUGAUCUAACUUCAUUAUGUAAAAAGAUGAAAAUCUCUGAUCCAUUGAAGGUGGUCAAGGUCAUUAGGGACGAUAUCGAAGCCACAACACAUUGUACAGCUUCUGCUGGAUUGGGUAUGGAUUUUAUAACUUCACUUUGAAUUUUUUAACUUUUUUCUUUUGAUUUAAAGGAUUUUUUACAAUUAAAAUUUGGUUUAAAGAACGAUAAUUUGCAAAAACUUUGUUUACAAAACAAAAAACAGUCAUAACAUUAUUUUCUAAGCCUUUCUCAAUAUUACCCAUUGAUAUUCCAGGUCCAAACAUGCUGAUAGCCCGCCUAGCGACCAAAAAAGCCAAGCCGAAUGGUCAAUUCUACGUAAAUCAAAAAGAAUCUUCAAAUCUUGUGAAAAAUGUCAAAAUAUCUGAUCUACCUGGAGUGGGAUACUCAGCAAUGGACAAAGUACGAUCAGAAUUGGGCAUUGAAACGUGCAGAGAGCUGAGAAAAGUGGAUGUGAAGCGAUUACAAGAGGUUUUUGGCCAGAAACAAGGCAAAAAAGUGAGAUUUUGGAGGUUUUUUGGGAUUUUCUGAAGCUAUUUUUGGAAUUUUUGUUCAAAUAUUUAUGAGCCCCUAAUCCCUAAAAUUUGCCUUGACAGGAGGCAAAGGAUUAUGUGAAAACUAAUAGAUCAAAAAGUUGUAAAAACAACCCAUGUGUAAUAUAUUAUUUUAGCUCUACGAUCAAUGCCGAGGAAUAUCCGAGCCGUUUGAGCUGACAGAACUGACUAACCGAAAGUCAAUUUCAUGUGAUGUUAACUUUGGAGUCAGGUUAACAACCCAAGAUGAUUUGACAGCAUUUUUGGCCGAUAUUGCUAGGAAUUUGGCCAGUAGAAUGAAGAGCGCUCAUGCCAAGGGGAAAACUAUCGGAUUGAGACUUUUGGUGGGUUUGUGGGCUUAAAUUUAUAGAGGGUUAAACAAAAAAUAAACAUAGCUUAAGGAAAAGUUCACUUAAAACCACUUUUUUGUUACCUAAAAUAAGCGUUAUUGAGGCAAAACUUCCGAUAAUUGAGAAAUAACCUCAACUUUCAGAUCCGCUCCCCUGGAGCCCCAAUAGAACCAGCCAAGUAUGGUGCACAUGGCCUUUGUGACCCAAUAUCCAAAGCCUUUCACCUAACCGAACCCACCAAUGACGAGCAAAUCAUACUAAACACGGCCCUCUCCCUGGUCAAACACCUCAAACCAGUGAUAUCCGAUAUCAGAGGAAUCGCCCUCCAGGCAUCCAAACUCGAUUUCCUUUUGUUUUGUAAGAAACCAGAAGCAACGAUCGAGCUGAGUGAAUCCCAAAUGUCAUUACAUCAGUUUUUGCCAAAGAGACGGAAAAAUGAAAAAAAUGAUGUUAUUGAUUUGACAAAGGAAGAUACACAGGAGGUGGUGGUGAAGAAGAGGAAGAAGAAGAAAGCUACAGUUAAGUCGGCCAAAGAUCUUACACAGUAUAUCGGGAAAUUGCCUAAGGUGGGCAUUUUAAAAAUUUCAUUUGUUUUUUUUGAAGUUUUUAUUUUUUUCAAAAUAAAUUUUUUUAGGUAAAAUUUUUUGCAAAUUUUUAAAAUUUUAUUUUUUUUAAAUUUUUUGAAAUUUCAAUUUUAAUUUUUUCCAAAUAUUGGUUUUUAGGUAACAUUUUAUGAAAAUUUUGAAAUUUUAAAAAAUAUUUCAAAAUUAAAAAAAAAAUAAUAAAAUUUCAAUUCUCAACCCCUCCAUUUCAGCCAGACAUCUUCUUCUGUAUCUGUGGCCAUCCAGAGCACGAAUUGUCUCUAGACCUAUAUCAACCACCUCAAUUCGAAGACAUUCUCAUCCUAAGAUGUCGCCUAUAUAGACUAUGCCUGUGGGAGAUGUGGUACGAACUGAAAGAAGAGUUUGAUGACAUUUACGACUCCAUUUUCGAAAACUAUAGGGCUCCAAUGGCCUGGAUUGAAGUUGUAGUAGGGAUUCAAGAGGAAAUCAACCGAAAUUCAGUCAGAUUAUUUGGGUUAGUAGCUUUGCCUGAUGAAAGGUUGAGCACUUUUAUUAAGGGGUGUGAUUGA